CAGAAGGCGCCGCGGAGCCGCUUCCGCCGCCGGGGCGGGCCGAGCUCGGGGCCGCCGCCGCCGUCAUUGCGGAGGGGACGAUGUCUCGCUGCAGCCCCGCCGCCGCCCGCCUGCUCGGCCGCUUCCUCCGCCUUCCACAGAAUGGAGUCCGACACUGCUCCUACACAGCAUCCAGGAAAAACCUGUAUGUUAACAAGAACACAAAGGUUAUCUGUCAGGGUUUUACAGGCAAACAGGGCACCUUUCACAGCCAGCAGGCAUUGGACUAUGGCACCAAUCUAGUUGGAGGAAUUUCUCCAGGGAAAGGGGGAAAAACUCAUCUAGGUCUGCCUGUGUUUAAUUCUGUGAAGGAGGCCAAAGAACAAACGGGUGCUUCAGCCACUGUCAUCUACGUCCCUCCCCCGUUUGCUGCUGCUGCCAUCAACGAGGCCAUCGAUGCAGAGAUGCCCCUGGUGGUGUGCAUCACCGAGGGCAUCCCCCAGCAGGACAUGGUGCGCGUCAAACACCGCCUGCUGCGGCAGAACAAGACCCGCCUGGUGGGCCCCAACUGCCCCGGCGUCAUCAAUCCUGGAGAAUGUAAAAUUGGUAUCAUGCCUGGUCACAUUCACAAGAAAGGAAGAAUUGGUAUUGUGUCAAGAUCUGGAACCCUGACGUACGAAGCUGUUCAUCAGACAACACAAGUUGGGUUGGGGCAGUCUUUUUGUGUUGGUAUUGGAGGUGAUCCCUUCAAUGGCACUAAUUUUAUUGACUGCCUUGAUGUCUUCCUGAAGGAUCCUCACACUGAGGGGAUCAUAUUGAUUGGGGAGAUUGGAGGAAAUGCUGAAGAAGAUGCAGCAGCAUUUUUAAAAGAACAUAAUUCUGGCCCCAAUGCCAAGCCAGUGGUGUCCUUCAUAGCUGGCCUGACAGCUCCUCCGGGCCGGCGGAUGGGCCACGCUGGAGCCAUCAUUGCUGGGGGCAAGGGGGGAGCCAAGGAGAAGAUUGCAGCCCUGCAGAGUGCAGGGGUUGUGGUCAGCAUGUCCCCUGCUCAGCUGGGCACCACCAUCUACAAGGAGUUUGAGAAAAGGAAAUUGCUGUAAGAGAAGACACUUUGGAAUACUUUCUCCAAAACACCAGUGCAGCACCCGGCCUCCGCUUAUCUUUUGUCUGCUAAUCUUCAGUUGCCCCAAUGUCUUGACAUUGGUCAAUGAAUUUGACUGGGAAGCCAGAAACCUCCUGGCUAAACCUGUUUUGGUGUCUCCUUGUUUCAGACAUUGUCACCCUGUUGUAAAUCACAGCAAAUUAAUAAAUCUACUACUAAAUCUGA